AUGGGAUCAUCGUGUUGCAGUACAAAAAGCGCUGUUGAAGUUUCUCCUAAUAAAGUGAGAACAUUAAAACGUUCGAAUACUGGAAACUCUGUUGCUGAUAUGGCCAAAAUGAAGCGAAGUCAAUUAUUUUAUAGCGAAGGCUCUGAAUCUACGUUUGCUGAUGUAAGUUCUUCAAGAAUGGGCAAAAUGAUAAAAUGAAGGAGAGGGGAUCUCAUAGGCGAAGGAGCAUAUGCAAAAGUGUAUCAAGGGAUGAAUUUAGACACUGGAGAACUGAUUGCAAUAAAACAUCUUGAGACUACAGAAGACAUCAAAAAAAUUGAAAAAGAGUACCUUAAUUUGAAAAAAGAAAUUUUAUUAUUAAAGAUGCUUGACCACCCAAAUAUCGUAAGAUAUUAUCAAACUGACUUAUCAGAAGAUAUGGACGAGCUUGACAUCAUUUUGGAGUAUGUUUCAGGUGGAUCGUUACAGAAAAUUUUACAAAAAUACGGAGGCCUCAGUGAAGAAAUCAUAAAGCACUAUGGCCAGCAGCUGCUUGAAGGGCUUGCUUAUCUUCAUGAGAACUUUGUUAUUCACCGAGACUUAAAGUCUGCUAAUGUUCUGAUUGCUUCUACUGGGCAAGUUAAGCUCUCAGAUUUUGGAUCAUCUAGACAAUUUGAAGAAUUAGGGACAAAAGUUUCAAAAAGCCUCAAAGGAAGCCCAUAUUGGAUGGCUCCAGAAAUUGUGAUGAGAGAAGGGCACUCUUAUAGUGCAGACAUAUGGUCAUAUGGAUGUUUACUGAUAGAGAUAGCAUCUGGUCGUCCGCCUUGGUCUGAUUUCACAAGAGACGCUAAGGAAGUUCUGAGGCUAAUUUCUCUUUCGCACAGUCUUCCUACAAUCCCUAAAGUUUCACAAUCUCUUCAAGAUUUAAUAUUAAAAUGUCUCAAUCGAGAUCCUCAAUUAAGGCCUUCUGCAAGAGAGCUUCUCAGGCAUGACUUUUUCAGAGCUAUUGAAGAUGAAACAGUGACUUCAACAAUUCCUGUCAAAUCUGAACAGAGGAGCCUGCAAAAAGAAAGUCUCAUCCUUGAUUAA